UUACUGUGGGGGAAGUAAUGAAAUGACCUGAUUUGUGUCACUAGCACUAGUCCGCGAGCAUUAACCCUGUGAAACAGUCCAGAUCUGUGCUCCUGCCUGGCAGCGUCACGGAAAAGGGAAUAAAGACGCACCAGCCCGCAAGAAAUCAUCUGCGCAUGCGCUGGGAGAAACCCAAGAAUUGGGUGGCCUUGGUGCAUUAGGUGGAACUUCCUGCGCUAUGGGAAAGAAAACCAAGAGGACAGCAGAUAGUUCGUCCUCUGAAGAUGAGGAGGAGUAUGUUGUGGAGAAGGUGCUAGACAGGCGUGUUGUGAAGGGUCAAGUGGAGUAUCUUCUCAAGUGGAAAGGAUUCUCUGAGGAACACAACACUUGGGAACCCGAGAAAAAUCUGGACUGCCCUGAGCUGAUUUCUGAGUUUAUGAAAAAAUAUAAAAAAAUGAAGGAGGGUGAGAACAACAAAUCAAGAGAGAAAUCUGAAAGCACAAAGAGGAAAUCCAGCCUCUCCAACAGCGCCGAGGACAUCAAAACCAAAAAGAAGAGGGAGAGCAACGAUAUUGCCAGGGGCUUUGAAAGAGGAUUAGAGCCAGAAAAGAUCAUCGGUGCCACAGACUCCUGUGGAGAUUUAAUGUUCUUAAUGAAAUGGAAAGACACAGAUGAAGCAGACCUGGUCCUAGCAAAGGAAGCCAAUGUGAAAUGCCCGCAGAUUGUGAUAGCGUUUUAUGAGGAGAGACUGACCUGGCACGCGUAUCCAGAGGACACGGAAAACAAAGAGAGAGAAGCAGCGAAAAGCUAAAGAGCCAUCCUGGGCCAUCCUUAGCUGUACAUACACAUCCCCCCGCCCCGACCACAUCAUUGAAAUGUGCUUAUUACUGUGCUCCCAGGAGAAACCGUGUUAUUGCUUCAGUCAUAACAUAAAUGGUUUGCUUCAUGUUCAGCUUCAUCUCUAGUGAAACCCACGCGCUUUAUGUGCCGUGUAUCCUCCUCUCUCCUCCCCCCUACCCUCCAGAAAAGUUUUCACUUGUCACAUCCUCUUAGAGCCUCCAGGGGUUUAUAGAGUUGUUGGUUCCCUUUGGUUCGGUCCCUUUUUGCCACUUUAAAUGCCGAGAGUGGCAGCGAUGCCCUUUCUAACCAGAACUAAGCGGAGUUACCCUGUCCAGGUACACAAAUGGCUGUUGGCUGGGAAAGCGAUAGGAGUUGUCUACAUUUGGGAAAUCCAUCCCGUCCCUCCUGCUAGUGCUACACAGGUCAACAUCCUGAGAUGGUCACCAUGGCCUUAAUAUGCUGGGCUUGUGUGUUGUUACGUAACUGGCAAAGUCUUGUUGGGACUGUGCAUCUGGACUCCAUCCCGGGGGACACCAGUUGUCCUGGGCUGUGAUUCCUUCCAGCCUGUCUCGUGCCUAGGAUGGAUUCCAGGCGAGCUGUGUUUUCUUUGGAAGCCCAGCCUGCAUUAGUAUUGGUUCCCAGACGCAGAGCGAGCCCCCUUCCUCUAGGAGGAGUCUAAUGUGUGGGAGGUGGGGAAAGAAGAACCUUCUGAACUUUAAAUGUGAUUGUUUAUCCCGUCAGGUGCAGGUGGAGGCCUGCCACGGCUUCUGUAUGAUCUUAUGCAGUAUGUAUGUAUGUAUACAUUCGUUUCUCAUUUGGGCUGUAUAUUUCCAUAGGAGUGAGCGUAUCAGAUGGCCUGGCUUUGUGUCAAGGUGCCUGAUCCAUGGCUGUCAUUGGCUGUUGCUUCAAAAGGCCACAAGCAUUGUGUUACCAAAGUGGCUUUCUGCUUGAGGGCCUCUCCUCCCCUCCCCUCCCCCAUGAGCUCUCUCUUGGAAAUGUGGACAGCUGAUCUGGUCUGGUGUGCACAGCACUUCUCCCUGGAACAUAUGUCCCAGGCUCUAAGACCUGCCAGUGGAGCAGAGAGGGCAUUGCUGUUCCCAGAGGGUGAGUGCUCGUUUUGCAAGGCAUGGGUCUCUGGGACAGUUGCUCUGCUGCCCAAGAGAGCUGGCAGCACAGUAAGAUGGUGCAGAACUGAGCCGCUACAGCAUUAGGCACUGCUUUCAGGGUCUCCUUUUCCUUUCCCUCCCUGAGUAUGGUGAUGCCGGAGUUGAGAACUGACCCAGGGCUGGUUGCAAGGUCUGCUCCUUAGCAUCUCAGCACAGCCCCCUUUUGCUUUCCAGCAUCAUGUACACACUUCAUGCUGAUCCUAUGUACUGUGUAGUUUAGCUGGACUUGGGCUCUCCUUUCCCGCAGGAACUGACUGAUGUCUUAGGCUCCCCCCCUCCUAAUGGUGCAGACUGAGUCCUCCUUGAUGACUAGAAGUAAUACAAUUAUGGUAUUGUGGUAUUGACACUGGUUUCUGGUUGACUUGUUCCCCGUGCAAAGCUCCUGCAAGAUGAGCGCUAAUUGGUUUUGUGGCCUUGGAAAUGCUUAUUGCAUAAAGUAGAGACCUGCAAGUGGAUGAAUUGGAAAGGGGUUGUGGGUUUAUUCUCCGGAAUGAAAAUAUCAUUGUUGCAUCCUGACUUUCCUCAAUCCAAAGGCCUGGUCCUGUUCUUGUUUAUCUCCCCUCAUUCCCACCCCUUUGCUGCUCUGAUUCUCUCCCUUUAUAGUGAGCUUCGAAAUCUUGAAUGGCAUUGGGGGAUAUGUGCAGACUGUUGCAGAGGGAGUUUUAUCAAUGGUGACUCCCUUCCUGGCCCUUGGACUCUGGUUAGUUUUGUGCCAUGGGCACAGAGAGUUUUGCUUGUUCUGAUUUUCUAGAGCACGUGACCCAGUUUGUUCUCAGCCUCUUUGUUGGUCUGUCUGUCUCGCUUCACAAGCUUGUUCAGUAUAAUGUUCGCACUGUUGGAUGAAUUCUGCAUACAAGCAGUUCAGAUGCUGUGGGGGAAAUCCAGGCACCCUAGAAAUCAAUGGCAGAGCUGUCAUUGACUUCCUUGGGACCAGGAUUUCACUCUCUCUCUAACAUGACUUCUAGUUGAGCGCAUAUCACUAAGUGGUAUUCCCGCUUCAUUGACACACCUGCCAUCAUCUCCUGUGCCUUUUGGAGCUGUGUGCCGGCAAAGGGUUAGCAUGGCCAUUGCUUUGAAAGUUCCCAUUGGCAGGAUCAGUAUUUCUAGUUGCAUCAUCCUGGCUGGUGUUGAGGGUGAUUUAAAAU